AGAGCCUCCGAAUCGAUACGACGCGCGUCACGUGCCGGCGACCGCGACCAAUAGCCGCGCUCGGGCGGCCGCGGGGCGCCGCGGGGGGGCGCCGCGGGGGGCGGCACUCUCCGCCGACCGCCAGUACACGAGGAGCAUCGCGCGGGACGGACGUACGCCGCGAGCGCUCCCCACUAUACGAGUUUCACCGAAAACCGGUCCGAUGCAUCGUGACAUGUUAUAGUGUGCAGUGACGCCGCUAUGAGUACGUGGACGGAGGACGUGAUGUCCUGGCGGGACGAGCGGCUCGGACUCACCGAACUGAGGGAGCCGACUACGAACAGAAGGAAACAACGCAGUGCGCCUUACAGACUACAUCGGCCACACUUGCCCGUGCCUCACGUGCCCGAGCCACCACCGGAGCCUCAGGGAACACACAUCUCAAGGUUGUACCCGGAACUGUUAGCUCUCAUAUUCGAAAGGUUGCCCGUGCGGGACAGAGGCCGCGCGGCACAAGUUUGCCGCGCGUGGAGGGACGCAGCUGAUCGGCGGUCCGUGUGGCGCGGAGUGGAGGCCGCGCUGCACCUCCGCAGGCCCGCGCCCGUGCUGUUCGCGUCGCUGGCCAGGCGAGGCGUGCGCAAGCUGCAGGUGCUGUCGCUGCGCCGCGGCCUCAGGGAUGCCGUGGCGGCGCUGCCAGGCCUCGAGUCGCUGUCGCUCAGCGGGUGCUACAGCGUGACCGAUGCAGCCCUAGCAAGCGCAUUCGCAGCGGAACUACCAGCACUGCGGAGACUAGACCUGUCCCUGUGCAAGCAAGUGACGGACUCAUCGCUCGGAAGAAUAGCACAGUCGCUGAAAAACUUAGAAGAGUUAGAACUGGGCGGCUGUUGCAACAUUACAGAUACGGGACUCUUGCUUAUCGCGUGGGGCCUCAGGAAACUGCGUCACUUGAACUUGCGAUCAUGUUGGCACGUCAACGAUGCGGGGAUAGCGCAUCUGUGCGGCGGCGGAGAGGCGCGAGGGACUCCAGAGCUCGAGUACUUGGGACUACAAGACUGCCAAAGGUUGACAGAUGAAGCGUUGAAGCACGCAGCUACAGGUCUUCCUAAACUCAAAUCCAUAAACCUUUCGUUCUGCGUCGCCGUGACAGACGCGGGCCUGAGGCAUCUAGCGCGGCUGCCCUACCUCGAGGAUGUGAACCUGCGCGCCUGCGACGGCAUCUCGGACGCGGGGCUGGCGCACCUGGCGGAGAGCGGGCGGCUGCGGUCGCUGGACGUGUCGUUCUGUGAUAAGGUCGGCGACGAGGCGCUGUCGCACGCGACGCUGGGCCUGUCGGGGCUGCGCUCGCUGUCGCUGAGCGCCUGCCGCCUGACGGACGAGGGCCUGGAGCGGGUCGCCAGGCUAUCACAGCUAGAAACGCUAAAUUUAGGCCAGUGCACGAAGGUGACUGACAGAGGGCUGCGCGCGCUCGGCGACGGCCUCCUCAAUCUGAGAGCGAUAGACUUGUACGGGUGUACGUGUAUCACUCCGCAAGGCUUGGACCACAUCGUGAAGUUGCCUCGGCUUAGUAUACUUAACCUCGGACUGUGGCAUGUGCGGUGACCACACACACACUAGGUAGUGUCUGUGCGCGCGUGUGUGAGUGCGACGGCCAUGUUGAAGUGAAGGAGCGCCAAGGUUGUAGGUAUACUCUGGACAGUGAAUAAAAGAAUUAACCAAUUUUAAGAUAUUAACUAUCGAAUUAUUAUUUAGGAUAUGGGGGCGGCUUUCUGUUUACAUGUUUCUGUUUCCUGAUCGGUUGUGUUGUUUGUUGUGUCGACUUCAUCUGUGUUAAUUGAAAGACAAGUUUUUGGUUAAGUUUCUCGACGAAAGUUGCCCCAAUACCUAGUCGCAAUGUUGAGCCAGGCCUUUUUCAAUGUUCUCGUUUUACUUCUGUUUUAUUGUCUACUGUACUUUGUUGUUUUACACGAUUCUGUUACAUCUUCCACUUUGUUAAUAUCUAAAGUUUCCCAAUGUUUGAAAAGGUCUGGUUUAUUAAAAUAAUUUGCUCCAUUAGUUAGGUAGGUAUUUAGCCAUUCUUCAAAUUUAUUAAUGUUUUUAAUUCGAUCUUAUACGUGAACCUAGGAGCUAUCCAAAUUGUUACAUGUUAGGUUUUUAUAUUUAAUUUUGUGAUGGAAGCAUGGUUUGGGAGAUGAAAAUUGUUUUGUAAUGAAAAGAAAUCUUCCAAAGUGCAUUUAUGUGUGAGUUUUGUUUGAAAACUUGCAACGCUUGCUUCUAUAAGCUGCCUACAGUUAAAUUGUAGGCAUUUUGAUAUAUUUUGAUGCUCAAUAUGAAGUCAUCCGCAGAUUUGUUUAAAAAUUAGUUGCCAAAAUGUUGGACUAGGUAGAAAUAACAUAAACAAUAAUGUUUAAACUAAGAUGGAACUCAAUGAGAUCCUUGUUUCUCAAGCAAAAGAACAAGGAAUGAAUAUUUAUAAACAAGAAAUGUUUUAUAUGAAUGAAGUAAUUGUUUGCGUGAAGUGUUCAGAGAUUGGGCCGAAGUAAAUGGUAAUACAUUUUGUAUGUGACGUAACACACAGAUGACAGUGAUGUAUACGGACCAUUUAUCAUGUGGCCGAGCUAAGUACCUAAUAGAAAAACAUGAACGUAUAAUGAAAUCAGCUGAUAAUAUUAUAUGACUUCCUUUCUUAAAACUAUAAGCGAAGACGCAGUAGAAUAUAAAUUGCAACAUGUAUUUUAAAUAUCAAGAAUCCAUUUUGAACAGUUUUUUGUCGAAAUUGACAAAAUAAUAACAAAACUAGAUGAUUAAUCUUAUCAUUUCAAUGAAUUAGGAGCUGGUAUCUAAAAUAUGCGGUUGAUUUGUGUUUUACGUUUAAAAUUAUACAAUUUAACAUCUUGUCUCGUACACGGAUCGUCCGAACAAUGACUUAAACGUUUUAGGCUUCCAUGAGAAGGAAUAUUUUCUAUUGAAAUAUUAUUCUGUCCCAAUUCUAGUAUAAAUAUAUCAACGAUGGCUUCCGAUCAACACAACCUCCAUUUUGUAUAAUAUUUUAUAUCGUGUGCCUCGUUAAUGAGGCUUCCUGCGACGCAAUUCUUGGAAUCGCUUCAAUUUAGUCUCCCAUUGUAUAAAGAUCUCGUUUAUACGUAAUUUUUUGAUAUUAUUAUUAGUGUUUAAUUGUUUAAGUGAGAUGUUCGUAUGAGGUCGAAUUAAAGACAUGUGAAUACGUUGUAUACUUCAUCGAUACGUUGUUUUUGUACAAACGAAUGUAAUAUAGGAGAAAAAUGUAUUAAAAGUCAUCGUUUAAGUUACAAAUUA